AUGCACAACAGCAGAAGUUUACUAUUUUCCAGAUCAACUUCCAUUUUAUUACAGCAAUUCAUCUUUGGACAACGUGGGGUAUGUUGCAUUCCACAUCCCCAAAAAGCCUACCGUGGAGGGGAGGACGCUUUUUUUUCACAUCCCUACGGAAUUAGCGUCGCAGAUGGUGUGGGUGGGUACUCAGAACAGGGGGUCGAUCCAGCCGUCUAUACUCGAAACGUUAUGUCCUUUUCCUUAGAGAAAGUUAAGGAAAGCGUAUGUGACUCAGGAGCUGCUUCUGCACUGGACGUACUGAAUCACGGUUGGAAAAUGGCAAAUGCAUCUGCACAGCCAGGUGGCUGUCCGGUGACUAUGGCAACCAUUGUGGAUCAUACAUUUGCCUCUAUUCUGAAUCUUGGCGACUGCGGUAUUAUUCUUGUGAGGAAGAAGGAGUUGUUAUAUCAAACCACCACACAACAACACUCGUUCAACUGUCCGUACCAGCUUCCUCACGAUACACCAGACCUCGGGGAGGGAGCUAAAAUUCAGAUCAGGGAGGGUGAUGUGUUCCUUUGUAUGAGUGAUGGUGUACUUGAUAAUAUUGAUAUAGAUGAUCUAAUCAAACAUUUAAAUGAUGUAGAACAAAGUGGCUGCAAUAAAGUAGCGGAGACGAUAGGCAAACAUGCAUCACUUAAUGGACGCAAUCGUGAGUUUUUUUCCCCGUUUGCUAAGCACGCUAGCCAACUAGGGUAUCGAUAUAUGGGCGGAAAACUGGAUGAUAUUACAGCAUUAGUAGCUCGUGUAACUCCGACUUCAUCGAUUGGCUUGAUAAAGGAUAACUCUUGUGCCGAAUUAAUUGAAGAGCUUCUUCCAUUACCUGGUCAUCCUAGUUGA